GAGGUCAAGAGAGGCGCUGAUGUGAGUGUUGGAUUCAUCCAGUUCAAAGAUGGUUUCCAGUAUUACGGCCAGAUGACCCAAGAGUUACCACAUGGUUUCGGAAUUGACCUUUAUCCUGAUUCCAGCCUUUACAGCGGUGAAUUUUCCCAAGGUGCCCGGCAUGGAUUCGGCUACUAUCAGCACAAGGAGCUGUCAUACACAGGGUAUUGGCAUCGUGGCAAGCGUCAUGGAGUUGGG